GAACAAACAGAAUCACACUCGAACGAAGACAAUCCGAACGUCUUCGUUACUUCAAACCUCUCAUUCACGACCUGACCGCCGGUACGAUCGGCCACAUCAGCAUCGCCGCAGGUGAAACACCAGGUGAAACAACGCAGUACUUCACUACAUGAUGGAGAAGGCAAAGGUGGACAUCUUGAGUGGAUUAUGGAGCCGAGGCUUAAUGUCCCAGCGCCGCCAGCCUCGCCUCCAAGCCGCAGCGCAAGAGGCGCGCAUCGCAGCCCUUGCAGAAGAGGCAGUGGAGGCUGGAAUCAAGUGGAGCCAGGCUUUAAGCUUUAUUAUGAUGCAAAGAAGGAGGACGGGAUUCGACUGGUUGAGUGGGGCGGACGAACGGCUGCUGAUAACCGCAGUUCAUGCCAUCGGCGAGCUGAUGGACCGCCGCGGCAUCAGCUUCGAGGAGACCCUGCAAAUGAUUGCGGCCAUCAGGAAUGGAGAAGGCACAGAUAGACAUCCUGAAUGGGCUGUGGAGCAGGGGUCUCAUGACCACCGAUCUCAGCCAGCCGCGGAUCGCAGCAUUGGCAGAAGAGGCGGCGGAGGCUGGGGUCACCUGGGACCAGGCGAAAAGCUUUGUUAUGAUGCAAAGAAAGAGGACGGGACUCGACAUGUGGAAUUCGGAGGAGGAACGGCUGCUGAUAAAGGCGGUUCAUUCCGUAAGUAAAAUGCGCUAGCCAUGUAUACAGAUUUGAC